AUGCGGCUCGGCAUCACGCCGGAGAGCCAGGCAGCGGCUUCGGCCGAGGUGGCCGAGGCGGCUCGCUUGGAUGCUGCGGCGGACGAGGCGGAGGAGGAGGCGGAGGAGGAGGAGGAGGCGGAGGCGGCGGCCGUGGCGGCGCUGGCUGUGGCCGAGGCUGCACGGGCGGAGUCCAGGGCGGCGGAGGAGGCGGCCAGGGCGGCGAUGGACGAGGUCGUGGCGGCGCUGGAGGAGGCCAAGGAGCUGCUGGCGGAGGUCGAGGCGGAGAAGCGCGCCAAGGGCAAGAAGGGCAAGAAGAAGAAGAAGGGCGGCGGGGCGGGCGGGGCUGGGCCGUCGCAGGAGCCCGAGGAGGGUACCGAGGCGCCGUCAGAGGCAGACGCAGCUGAGGCGGCGAAGAAGGCCGAGGAGGAGAGGCUUCUCCGGCUUCUCGAGACGCUCACCGAGGAGAGGAUGCGGCUCGGCAUCACGCCGGAGAGCCAGGCAGCGGCUUCGGCCGAGGUGGCCGAGGCGGCUCGCUUGGAUGCUGCGGCGGACGAGGCGGAGGAGGAGGCGGAGGAGGAGGAGGAGGCGGAGGCGGCGGCCGUGGCGGCGCUGGCUGUGGCCGAGGCUGCACGGGCGGAGUCCAGGGCGGCGGAGGAGGCGGCCAGGGCGGCGAUGGACGAGGUCGUGGCGGCGCUGGAGGAGGCCAAGGAGCUGCUGGCGGAGGUCGAGGCGGAGAAGAAGCGCGGCAAGGGCAAGAAGGGCAAGAAGAAGAAGAAGGGCGGCGGGGCGGGCGGGGCGGGGCCGUCGCAGGAGCCCGAGGAGGGUGCCGAGGUGCCGUUGGAGGCAGACGCAGCCGAGGCUGCGAAGAAGGCCGAGGAGGCGAGGAUCCUCCUGCUUCUCGAGACGCUCACCGAGGAGAGGAUGCGGCUCGGCAUCACGCCGGAGAGCCAGGCGGCGGCGUCGGCCGAGGUGGCCGAGGCGGCUCGCUUGGACGCUGCGGCGGACGCGGCGGAGGAGGAGGCGGAGGAGGAGGCGGAGGCGGAGGCGGCGGCUGAGGCGGCGGAGGCGGAUGCCGAAGCUGCACAGGCGGAGGCCAGGGCGGCGCAGGCGGAGGUCAGGGCGGCGCUGGAGGAGGCCACCACAGCGCUGGCGAGGAAGGAGACGGCGCUCGAGGAGGCGAGGGCCGCGACAGAGGCGAGGCGUGCUGCUGCAGCCGCUGCGAUGGCCAGGGCGACUGCCGCCAGGAUGGCAGCGGAGGCGGCCCAGCGCUCAUAG